AUGAUCGUGAGGUUAACCAUCACCGAAAUUCCAACAAUCAACAUAUCUCCCUACCUCGACCCAACAUCAUCCCCUUCAGCAAAAGCUCAAGUCGUCGCACAAGUCAAGGAAGCCUGCACAGAAUAUGGUUUUCUGCAAGUAAAAGGCCACGGCAUACCUCUAGAACCCCAACGCCAGAUCCUCGAAUGCUGCAAGACUUUCUUCGAUCUGCCCAUUGAGCAGAAGGAAGCUCUCUCGUUGAAGAACAGUCCCUCCCGCCACGGCUACGAACGCAUCAAAGAGCAAGUCUUGGAUAAGACUGCUUUGCCUGACGACAAAGAAGGCUUCUACAUCGGUGCCGAAGAAACUCACGAAAAAGGGUUCCGCCGCGGCCCAAACCAAUGGCCUCCCACCAUCGCAUCCCAAGACUUCCGCGAGCCCGUCACAACCUACUACACCCCCAUGCUACACCUCGCACGAAGUCUUCUCGAAAUACUCGUCCUCGGUCUCGACGGUGACUUUGCGGCGACGAAUCCUUUCGACCCGACUGACAGUGGUGGGGAGACGGUCGAGGAACAUCUACGGCUUGAGGGGAGGUACUGGGCAGAGUUGCACAAUCGAUACGUGUAG